CGACAGUGCGUUGACGCAUCACCGUUGUCACGCAAGCGCGCGAGACUAGAACGCGCGCAAAUAAAAAUAAACUCUAUUUUAAUAAUAAAAUAAAAUACAAAUUUGAAUUUACAUUCAUCCUAUUAAAAAUCGAAUUAAAAUAUUGUAUUGUUUUUAUAUUUCAUUUUUUUGUGUGUGACUUUUUUAUUUUUUGUUGGUGACUUUUUUUAUUUAUUUAAAUAUUAGUUCGGUGUGCUAUAUUUUUUGGUGGUGUCAUAUAUUUUUUUAAUUGGUAAAAAUGGUGAACAAAAUGUAUAAAAUCAGUUCCGCGAAAGAAGAAAAAGUUGGGAGCAAACACAAUCAGAUUCUUAUGUCCAUUGUCGUUUGUAUGCCAAUCUUGGCAUAUGGGACAGCAAUGGGAUGGAUAUCCCCCAACAAGGCUCUGCUAAUGGGGGACUACUCCCCCUCGAACUCCCCCCUCUCUGAAGAGGAUGUAUCCUGGAUGGCAUCCAUCAUGUUCAUCUUCGCACCGAUUGCAGUAUUCGUGUAUGGCGUGGCCGCUGACAAAUUUGGAAGAAAAAAUGCUUUACUUUGCGCUUCUAUACCUAUUUCUAUCGGCUGGGCAGUGAAAUUGAUGUGUGCGCACCCGAUCGCACUGAUCGGCGCCCGCGCACUCAUUGGCUUCGGUUCGGGAGGGGGGUUCGUGGUCUGCCCUCUCUAUGUGAAGGAGAUCAGUGAGGACAGUAUCCGAGGAAUGACGGGGACUUUUGUUAUAUUCUCACAGACUGCUGGUAACCUACUAGUCUUCAUUCUGGGAGACAUGCUGCCUUUCAACACGGUGCUCUGGAUCCUGCUAGCUAUACCACUCAUCCAUUUCUGUAUACUGCUGCGACUACCCGAGACUCCAUCGUACUUGGUGAAGUGUGGGAGAAAUGAGGAAACUGCCAAAGUAUUGGCAUGGCUUCGCUCUUUACCGGUAGACGACAAGUCCAUCUCAGAAGAAGUAGACCGACUCAUCAUUGAACAGACUACCAGUGAACUGAAAUUCUCACCCAGAUUAUUGUUUUCUGACAAAACGGCAGUGAAAGCAUUUUGGGUGGCCCUCAUAGUGAACCUCACUCGAGAGUUUUGCGGCUGCAUCGCCGUCCUGGUCUACGCUAGCCACAUCUUCGCUGAAGCCGGCAAGGACCCGAGCACCAGCAUCGCUUUAUCACCGAACAAGCAAUCAAUUCUGCUCGCUGUUGUCCAGAUCAUUGGGUCGUUUUUGGCCUGUCAGCUUGUUGACAGAGCUGGACGAAAGCCUCUCCUAGCGGUGACAAGCGCAGUAGCUGGCUUCAGCAUGUGUCUACUAGGAGUCUGGUUCUACCUCCAAAGCAUAGAAGUGGCUCUCCCGGGCUGGGUGCCCAUCGUCGCGUUAUGUGUGUGCAUAUUCUCCGAUGCCUCUGGUCUCCAACCUCUACCGUUUGUCAUCAUGACUGAGAUGUUCAACUUCCAGCUCCGAGGCACAGUAGCGACCCUCAUCAUGGCAAUAUCCUUAGGCACUGACUUCGCUCUACUCAAACUUUUUGCUCCCUUAAACGUCUGGAUUGGAUACCAUUCAACAUUCUGGAUGUUCAGCUUCAUCUGCCUUUCAAACGUAUUCUACCUCAUCUUCUGCGUUCCAGAAACUAAAAUGAGAAGUCUAGAAGACAUUUACGCUGAUCUAGAAGGUAGGAAAAGAAGAAAGAAGGAAGAUUGUGUAGUUGAAACGAACCACGUGUGAAUUAUUGUUCCUAGACUUUUGUGUUCCCGCGUAAAAAGUGGCGCGAUUUUGUGUUUUCAAAAUGGCGGCUUAUUCAUUGUCUAUUAUGACGUUUUUUAAACGUAGGUAGCUAUUUUUUUAGAAAUAUGUUAGUUUUAAGGCUGGUAGGUUAUUUUAGUAUCUUAGUUUUUUAGUUAAAGCCAUGAAAGACAACUUAAAGUGAUAGUUUGAACACGAAAAAUAGGAAUUGGUAGAAGAUACUUAAUACAUAACAUCAUUGUACAUUGUAAAAAUAAAACAAAACAAAAUCGUAGAUUCAGUAUUAUUAUGUUGGCGUAGAUAUCUCGAUUUUAAACGAAUCUCUGUUCAAACAAUCAAUUCCAUAUCAUUCCAUGUUGCCAUAUAAAAUAAUAGUUAUA